GUAGUGCCACAUAUGUCUGCUGUUUGAUGAGAGAGCAACUGGGGAUGCAGCACAAAGGAAUCCCUCAGCAGAUGCCAUAAUGGAGGUCUGAUCCUAUUUGGAGGAGCCCCUCCUCCAAAGAUCUGCAGAUCCUCUGAGCUGGUGGAAGAACAAGGCCUCUGUCUACCCACUGCUUACUAAAGUCAUGACAGGGAGACUGCAUAGUGGCCACAAAAUUGGAGUGUAGGAUACGUUUAUAAAUGAUAAUACAUCGUUUCUUGGUGGGAUGCGUUUAUUGGGUAAUGAUGCAUAUGUAGGAGACCCGUUUGAGGUGUUGGAAAAUUAGAAGUAUGCGCUGGGAAAAGUUGUCUAUCAGAGUGACCAGGCGUGGUCUUAUUUUGAUUAAUGAUAUUUCUGAAGAAAAUAGGAAGAUUGCAGUGGGCAUCACAAGAAUCCGAACAACAGAAGUAUUGUGCUUUAAACUUCGGAGCCAAGCCCCCAUCAAAGGAGUCAUUUCAGGAGUAACGACGGAUGCUCAGGUUGAAUACCUGAAGAGGAUUCUUGUGGUUGGUGCCCGGCGUCUGACCCGCUGGGUGAAUGGAGACAAAUAAAUCUGUCGGCCCUGUUUUUUAAAUGUUUUAUAAAGAGCACCUAUCUACGCAAAGAUUGGUUAUGUAUACAGCUUUGUAAAAAUGUUUAAGGAUUUGGCCAUGUUUCAAGUGUGUGCAGACGGACGGAGUAUACUGAAGAAUGGUGUAUAGAUGGACGAUCGGUGUUGCAAUUGUGUUGGGGUCAUGUUCCUGGUGUGCCUUGUAAGGGUGAAGGAGAUUGAGGUGGCAUACAUUAGAGCGUUCAAUCGAAUGCGGAUGGAAUUGAAAGAGUUUUGAGAAUACAAGUGACGUUCGUGGAGAUAUCGUAAUGGAUGUAGCACAGCCUGUCGUAAAUAUUUUCUGACAGGCUUGGAUUUUGUGGCGUUCAUUGGCACAAUUAUAAACUGUACGGCUCCAGUCUCAAAGAAGUAAAACAACUGGACAUUAUUGUGGCUGCGGCAGAAACGUUUUUUUAAGAAACGACUACUGGCGACGGAAGACGGCCCACCCUCCCAUCUCAGAUUCGUUUUUAUUUUUAACAGAAAGUUGUAUGAUUCGUUGUUUUUUUUUGGUAGUUCAGUUUUUGGAUGAUCCUGUUUCCAUCCCGAUUAGUAAAAUGUGCGAACGUCAAUAUAACGUGACCAUAGAAGUCUGAAUUUAACACGAUCGAGCCAGCAAACUUUGUUUCCAGGCUGACUGACCGGGUCCUAUGGAAGAGAUGUCAGGAGUAAGUGCGGUGAGCUCGGCGUUGCCUGCGGCUACAACCCGUACCACCUCAUUCAAGGGCUCCUGCCCCAGCUCGAAGUAUGUGAAGCUGAACGUGGGUGGGGCGCUCUACUACACCACCAUGCAGACACUCACCAAGCAGGACACCAUGCUCAAGGCCAUGUUCAGCGGUAGGAUGGAGGUUCUCACAGACAGCGAAGGCUGGAUCCUUAUUGACAGGUGUGGGAAGCACUUUGGGACCAUUCUGAACUACCUGCGUGAUGGUGCUGUACCUCUGCCUGAGAUCCGGAGAGAGGUGGAAGAGCUCCUGGCAGAGGCCAAAUAUUACCUGGUGCAGGGGUUAGCUGACGAGUGCCAUGCUGCCUUACAGAACAAAGAUAUGUAUGAGCCCUUCUGUAAAGUGCCCUUGGUCACUUCAUCAAAGGAAGAACAGAGACUCAUAUCUACCUCCAACAAGCCCACAGUCAAGCUGUUAUACAACAGGAGCAACAACAAGUACUCUUACACCAGCAACUCCGAUGACAACAUGCUGAAAAACAUAGAGCUGUUUGACAAGCUCUCUCUGCGGUUCAACGGACGUGUGCUCUUCAUCAAGGACGUGAUCGGGGAUGAGAUCUGCUGCUGGUCAUUCUAUGGGCAGGGCCGUAAGAUCGCUGAGGUGUGCUGUACCUCCAUAGUCUACGCCACUGAGAAGAAGCAAACCAAGGUGGAGUUCCCAGAGGCUCGCAUCUAUGAGGAGACACUCAACAUCCUGCUGUAUGAGUCUCAGGACGGGCGUGGUCCAGACAAUGCUCUACUGGAGGCUACAGGGGGCGCUGCAGGCCGAUCCCAUCACCUGGAUGAGGACGAGGAACGGGAACUCAUCGAGAGGGUGCGACGCAUUCACAUCAAACGCCCUGAUGACCGCACCCACCACCACCAGUAACUAUACCAGCCAACCAACAUAAUCAUCACCGCUAACUAUACCAGCCAACCAACAUAAUCAUCACCACUAACUAUACCAGCCAACCAACAUAAUCAUCACCACUAACUAUACCAGCCAACCAACAUUAUCGCCACCAGUAACUAUACCAGCCAAUCAACAUUAUCACCACCAGUAAGCCAACUAACAUUAUAGCCACCAGUAACUAUACCAGCCAAUCAACAUUAUCACCACCAGUAAGCCAACUAACAUUAUAGCCACCAGUAACUAUACCAGCCAACCAACAUUAUCACCACCAGUAAGCCAACCAACAUUGUCAGUAUCUGCAGUGACUAUUACCCAUCACUGAUAGAGAACAAGUGCAAUCACACAAUACCCACACGUAAUCUCAUAUCCUUGACAUUGACCACAAGUGACCUCUGUGCUUCUGCAUCACAGCCACUUAUGAACUUUUGCCAGUCUCUAAUCAUGAUUUUAAACUGGGUGGUUCGAGCCCUGAAUGCUGAUUGGCUGACAGCCGUGGUAUAUCAGACCGUAUACCACGGGUAUGACAAAACAUUUAUUUUUACUCUAAUUACGUUGGCAACCAGUUUAUAAUAGCAAUAAAGCACCUCAGGGGUUUGUGCUAUAUGGCCAUAUACCACACCCCCUCAUGCCUUAUUGCUUAAGUAGAGCAUGGUUUGGGUGUUAGUUUGUGUGUUGUCCCAAAUGGCUGUAUCAGUGUUUUCUAAACCCUCCAUAAGAGCUGUUCUUUUUAUCAGUGGUCAAAGAAGACUUAUUUGACCCCCUGUAUUUCCAUAUGUUUUGUAUGUCUCAUCUUUGUAUGAAUGUUGACUGUAUGAAUGUUGAAUGUCCAGUAGGAGAUCUGGUGCCUUAAAUCUGUGGUCUUGUGCCUUAAGUCUGUGGGUGUAAGUGCAGCUUACAAUCUGAUUUACUUUAUCAUGUCACUACAACAUUGCUUGGAAGUUCAUGUAUUGUCACAGAGUAGCUAGUUCAGGUUGUAUUUCAGUGAUAAUAGUAAUACACUGAAACAAUACCUUUUCCUACCACUUCAGUUUUUAGAGAUGUUUUAUGAGAGAAAAGAAACCUGCACGCUGCUCUUGCUAGUGUGACUGUUCUUCAUUAAGCUUUAUGUAUUGUCCUCAAGACCCUUUGUCAGAGCGUUUGUGAGUUUUUAAUUUACACCCUUAUGUAGACAGUGCUCCACCCACAGCCGUUCAAUGCAUCGACUGGGGUUGGAGUGAUGGACAAAUAUAUUCAUUAGCUUGAAUUGGUGAUAUGCAAACUGUAUCUAGAGGCAAAAGAAAUGUACCUAUUUAGACGAGGUGCUGGCUAGCAGAGUAGAACAUUGUCUGUCCAAACAUUGGAUAUUAGGUUAUUAAAUUAUUGCAUCUGAGCUCCUAGAGUGUGCGGCUCUCCUUUAAUUUUUCAAAUAUGCAAACUGCAUUUUUAUCAUGUUUUAGAAAUUUGGUUCUUCUAUUUCCUGUAUGUUCUCAUUUCAUCCAGCAGAGGGUGUUGUGUACAAAGACACUGAAAGUGUGCUAAGUUGUUGAAGUUACCCCUAGAUGCUGAUCUUGGGUAAGUUUUUUUGUAUUUCCCCCACUAAUGGAUAAGGGUUGGGAAGCUGACCCUAGAUAUUUGCCUAGGGGAACUUUACCUCAGAGCAAUAUGUUACAACCCACCCCUGAAUUGUAAGUGGUGUGAAUACACCCACCUUUUAUACUGUAGUCAUGGAUUAAUUAUUUUUUGGGGCAUCCUAAAGAACCUUUUGAGAUGCUGGAUGUGUAAUUAAAUGGAUGUUAUUGCUUCCUGUUACAAUAAUCAUUUGAGGGCGACGUUACAAGACAACUUGUUUGGAAGACCGAUGGCAAGAAAUUAAACCAAGCACAUCCAGACAGCAAAUGUCACAAUUUAACACUCUUUUACCUGGGAAAUGAUUGUCUUUUGCACUGUAUUUAACAUUUCUUACAAUAAAGAUUUUUAUGAAUA